AUCGUGCAAGGGUAGAGAGAGCGACGCACAAGGCACCAGGCCAGAGAAGUCGAGUAGAUGCUUGGAAGAGAACCGAAAGAGGACUUGGAUGUCGAAUAAAACGGCGAGAGAUUGGCCGGUUUUUAUACCAUUCUCGCUGGGAAAGUGGAUGGGAAAGCGGACAGCAAUGGCUUUCCACGCCUCACCUCGAGCUAUCUUUGCAUCGCAACGCCGUGACCACGGGCGAGUCCACCACAACCCACCGCCUCUAUGCGAAAACGCCAAGCUUCCUACUAUUAUCGGACGCCAAUGCUCGUAAACCCUUUGUGGAGGUUCAAGGCGAUGACGAGGAAAGGUUGUACCGCAAA